AUGGCACCAGGCCAAGGCAGUCGCAGCUCUUCGGGCUCAUCCAACAGCUCCAACGAUGCGGAGCAUUAUGUGAAGCUCAAUGCCAGGGCAGACCAGGUCUGGAAGCAGGUCUUUGCAGAGGACGCCUUUACAAGCCUGACUAUAGCAGACUUCGUGCUGAAGAAGACUGGUAUGUCUUUGAAUGAUUAUCUCAAGGCGCCAAAGACAUUAAAGAGCAAAGUCGACAUCAAGGUGAUCCCAACGUGGUCCAAUCUUGAAGUCCUUGCUAACGGCCCUGGACGCUGCGCGUCAUUUGCCGUCAAGGUUUGUUGGAGACUGGCUAAAAAUCACGCCGGUCAAUAUGAGUUCAAGUACUACAACAUCGGCGCACACCGCAUCGCACGAUGCGAGAAGACUAGAGUUGUGAUUGAUUCCAGCUCGAACCUUGGAGCUUUUGAACUUUCCACCGACAAAAUAUGGAUGUGGUGGAAAGGUGAAAAGAAACAAUGGAAGUAUGUUCCAGAAGAGAUAACUAUGUAUUUCCGGAACACGUCUGAUGCAAAGGAAGUCUUCGGCAAGCAAAUCACGUGGAAUGAGGCUAUUGCACUGAGUGCGAACGGAAUGGCGAUGAAACCAGUUCUGGCGACUCUGUUUCGUGAUAUACAAGACUUCGCAACGGAGGAGAACCAGGCAAUGAAAACCAUCUUUCGCAUCGACGACGGGCAAAACCAUGGCAAAUCAAUUUACAAAGCUAUGAUCCGUUGGGAUCUCGGAAAGAAGUGUCUGGAAUGUUGGAAAACGCUGGAAGAGCCUGAGAGUGUUGCCGUCUUUUCAUGGAAGAGCAAUGGAACGGAUGCCCAGGCAGCUGACUGUGUAGAGACCUUCCAAUCUUUCGUGGAGACUUAUGGUGUGCAAGCUCAAUGGGAGAGAAAGAAUGCAGCUGCGGACCCACAGCAAAUGAUUUCCUUGGAGGAUAUUCACUGGAAGGUGUGGGGGGCGGCGACCGAGUUGUGGGGCAACCCCACUUGGGGAAUUGUUGAUCUCUCAAAGAAGAAAUGA